AGUGACUUUCGUUUUUAUAGCUGACCUGAUGAUUAAUUUUAAUAAUACUCACAGAGACCAGCAUUUCAGCAUACUUGUUUGGAACUCCUGGGACUUACAGUAGGUGUUCAUUUCUACAAGUCAUAACAUAAGUAUAAUGGAGUUCCUAUUUUGCCACAAGGAUACAUUUGCUAGAUUGCACUGUAGACUUCAGGAUUUAAGAAGUCAGGAACUUCCCCUGAAACACUGUUAUCACCAACAGAGGAUGGAAAAGAGGACGUAGCAAUGCAGAAAGAUCAUAUGACUGCGUAUUGCUUCACAUUUUCUGUGUGAAUCAGGCAAGGGAAAUGAGGAGAAUGAUUAGGGGUGUCUGGAAAAAUAUCUGCAAUAUCCCAACUGCACCCACCACCAGAUUUAACGCUGAAGGACUUAGACAUUGCUUACAAUCAGAGAACGUCUACAAUUAAAACCCAUGGAAUGCUGAAAUUUCUGCCAACAAGCUAGACUACGUCACUUGUCUGCGUAUCUUCUUUUGUGACUCUGACAGGCAGGUUUAGUGCUGACAAGCGUAAAACAAUCUUCACCCUAAUAUUCGUCAUUCCUUGCACACGUCUUGUGACUGCUGUAGCACACUUUCGUAUGGCCGUUUCUACUUCCUGUUUGCCGUCUUGCAUUCCAAGGUGUUGAGAUUUGUCCCCCACGGUUCCUGUCUCUUCGUCUGUCUUCCCCUGAGGUGCUUGAGCGGCCUGCUUGCUCGCACAAGAAGUGACAGUGAGGUGUGUGCGGCUUUUGAAAACAGCAGGAGGCUGUUCUCUGCACAGGAGCCUUGUUGGCAUGCAGGAUGAAACCACUGCGCUGCAUUGUGGGAGAAGAUUCCCUGUGCGCCUGCCAGAAUUGAAGCAAUUGAUGCAGUUUGCAGUUCAAUUUGUGGACACAGAGCCACUCAUCUGCCAGUUCUGUCAUUGGGCUCCUCUGUCACGUUCACACAGGCACCAAAGUGCCACAUUCGUUUGUUUUUGAAAGAGAUUUAUUUUUUCCGAAGCCAAACCCAUUUUACCUAGUUUUUGCCCCACUGCCAUGGGGGUGGGCGCGACUGGAAGUGGGAACCCUUGUGUGAUUGUGCCCGAGUGGCUCUUGUGACAGCAGUGAAAGUUGGAUCCCCCACCGAAGUCACAGGCUUCUCUUGAGAGCCCCCUCCUUUGUACCUUUGAUCUAUGAUAGCAACAGCCGCAUUCUGAAGAGAAAGGUGAUUAGAGCAAUUGAAAGAUAGUGUUUCCAGUUCAGCGCCAACAAAAGGCUGGCUGUGCCCUUGCUGUCGCAUACCUAGCCCUCUUCUUGGCUUCUUUCAUCAUCGAGGGGCUGCUUUGCAUGGGUGACAGCAACUUCAAAUACUGGCUAUCAGCUUUAGUAACAAAAGUCUGUCGGCUCUACUGUCUGUAAACUCGUGUGAAAAGGCUGGAAAUAAGGUGCAGACAUUAUAAUAAUGAGCUGGUGUGUAUAAAAGUACUCACAAUAGGCACAACUGUUUUGCCUUAUAUUUUAGGAUUUUUAAACUAUAGAUUUUGUAUUUUGGCAUUUAAUGCAUGUGCUGUGUAUAUUUCUGAAUAUUAAAUACACCCGGCAUAUUUUAAAUAUGUCUUUGGCAGUAGUGUGUCAAACUUGCAAUUUCUUGUUGCCCGACGUCAUAAUGAGCAGAGUGAAAACAGUUGGUGCAAAAAUGUCUUCUACAGAGUCUUGCAUGUAGUUCUUUCACAUGGGUCUGCAAUUGCAAAACUGGCCUCAAGAAUUCUUAAAAGGAUUCAAGCUGCUCAGAGUCUGCUGAGUCAUAAUUACCUGGUUUCAAGUGGGUGUCAUUCCGUGUGCAAGAUGAGAAAGUCUACAGAAAGCAGACAAGAGUCUUUGGUUUCACUUAAUUUUCUUUAGUCAGGCCUGACAGUUGUUCAACUUGAAAAUGUUACCAGGCAGGGUAGGAGACUGACUGCUGAAGAUGCUAUGACUCAUGGUGUGGUAGCUUUGAGCUGCUGCUUCUGUGUCCCUAAUAUGUUUCACAGUUUCUGAAUUUUUGAAAGGAGCUGUCAUGUGACAGAACCUCUGCACUCACAGAGAUGUAGGACAAGCAGUCAACUUCCGUCUCUGAACAGCUUGAUCGUCCGCUGUUCCGCUCCUCCCUCAAUGAAGCGUCACGGCUUUUGAUGUCAUGAUGUUCCUGCGAAAGAGGCCACCUGCUUCUGGGAUGAAAACAACCCGCAGAGCCAGAAAAAUGACAACGUGAAGACUGCUGGGAAGGAUAACCUGGUUCCUGAAGGCAACAAUCAGCGAUGGGCUUCCCAGCAUGCUAUGCAGGUGGCCCGCACUAGACAGGACUUGAUGGAUCGAGACACUUUGGUGGGGGAAAUAAAGAAAAUGGGAAAUAAGUAUCCCAGGUUGACAAGUCAUUAUCGCCUGGGGCUGCUGAAACUCACCACAAGGACUACUGACUGGGUGCCCGUGAGUGGUGCAGAGAGAUGGCUGUGAAGCUGACGUCUGUGGUCAUGCGGAGCCGAAUGGUUCAGCUGCUCCUGGUCAACACGCUGGCCUGCGGGCUGGAGAUCUGCAUGGCGGCAGGGACCACCUAUGUACCCCCACUCCUGCUGGAGGCCGGGGUUGAGGAGCGGUUCAUGACCAUGGUCCUAGGACUGGGUCCUGUGCUGGGGCUCGUGUUCAUGCCACUGAUUGGCUCAGCCAGUGACCAAUGGACGGGGCGCUAUGGCAGAAGACGGCCAUUUAUCUGGGCCCUGUGCCUGGGGGUCCUGGUCAGCCUGAUCUUCAUCCCCCAAGCGUCGCGGCUGGCCAGCCUCCUGUCCCUGCACAGCCGGGGCCUGGAGGUGGGGCUCCUGAUCGUGGGGAUCGGCCUACUGGAGUUCUGUGGCCAGGUCUGCUUCACGCCCCUUGAGGCCCUGGUCUCCGACCUCUUUCCGGAGGAGGAGGAGAACCGGCGGGCCUUCUCGGUCUACUCGCUCAUGAUCAGUCUGGGCGGCUGCAUCGGGUACCUCCUGCCAGCCAUCAACUGGAACGCGGGGCCCUUGGCAUCGUACCUGGACGGGCAGGAGGUCUUCACCUUCACCCUGCUCACACCCAUCUUCCUUGCCUGUGUGCUGGGCACCAUCUUCAUCUCAGAGGACGUUUUCCGUGGCGAAGCUUCAGUCAGGGAAGGGAGCCCUGCCCGGCGUUGCUGCUACAGCCCGUGGCUGCCCCUCUUCCGCCCCCACCACCUGACGUCUGUCCUGGGGGGCUGCUGCACCCUGCUGCCCCGGCUGUACCGGCUGUGCCAGCGAGUGCCCAGUGUCAUCAAGCGGCUCUUUGUGGCUGAGCUGUGCAGCUGGAUGGCACUCAUGACCUUCAUCCUCUUCUACACGGACUUCGUCGGCGAGGGGAUCUACAAGGGGGUGCCCAGCGCCCAGCCUGGCAGUGCGGAGAGGCUGCGCUAUGACGAAGGCGUGCGAAUGGGCAGCCUGGGGCUGUUCCUGCAGUGUGCCACCUCCACGGUCUGCUCCUUGUUCAUGGGCAAGCUGGUGGCCCGGCUGGGGCGGCGGGCUGUCUAUGUGAGCAGCGUGGUGCUCCUGGUCCUGGCCACGCUGGCCACGUGCCUCUCUCACAGCGUGGUCACCGUCACCGCCAUGGCGGGCGUCACCGGGUACACCUUCUGCACCCUGCAGAUCCUCCCCUACACCCUCACCUCCCUCUACCACACCGACAAACAGCUAUUUUUUUCCUGGACGAAAGUAAGAGGCGUGGCAGCCCCUGAGAAAACAGAGAAGUUUACCACUCAGGUACCACUCAGCAGGCACUCUGUGACCCUGAAACCACACUACAGCAAUGGCCACCCAUGUGGGAUGCCAGGGCUGGGGCCUUCAGAACCAGGCCUCCCUGCCUCUGCUUUUGGCCGGUAUGUCUCUGUGCCUGCUGAGGCUCCCCCCUGCCCCAGCACACCGCCUCCUGCUGGUCGGGGCAUGUGUUUGGACCUGGCCAUCCUGGAUAGUGCCUUCCUGCUCUCCCAGGUGGUGCCCUCCCUCUUCUUGGGCACCGUGGUCCAGUUCACACACUGCAUCUCUGCCUACAUGGGCUGUGCCUCGGCUGUUGGGUUAGUUGCUGUUUACUUCUCUACCAAAGUGAUCUUCGACAGGAGCGAUCUGGAGCAAUGAAGGCGGCUAGCUGGAACAGGACCAGGACCAUCCCUGAGCUGGGUCAACGGGCAUGUAAACUGAGAAGAUCGCUGCAGCAACAGCAGGGACAGAGUCACAGGGGAGUCCCCCUGAGUCACUAAGGGACACUCUCUGGGGACUUUGAACUGCUAUGCAGGUUAACCUGAUUUUUGGGGGUGUUUGUGAGUUUUCAAGACUGUAGCUGUUCACAAUGUGAAUAUGUGUAAAUCUAGAUUUUGUAUUGGAAAUCUUGGAAUAGAGUCAGAUUGUUUUAUUUAUGUUAAGAAGAUUUCUGGGGGAAGUAACAUGGAAUGACAGACGUGAGAAGCCCAAGGCUGGGGGAACACCCCUUAUUUUGAGCAGAGCUGAAGCAUCUUUCCUCUGCUACUCAGUUUAUGUCAGUUUGCAGACUCUACACGCAAAUCUGUGAGUGCAAUGAGUGAAACUCAGGGUUCCUAAUGAAGAAGUGCCUAAAGAGAUUGAAAUAAUUUGAUUAUUUCUAUGUGCAAUGUGUUCUCAAUAGGAAGAAAAAAAAAACAUGGUUAUACACAGUAAUACAAUGUCAUUCCUCAUUCAUGUGCACAUUGCACAUUCAUUUUCUGAAAACCAUUUAAUAUUCAACUUUACCAUGUUAAAGCAAUUAAACAUCAUAAUGCAGGGAUUGUAAAAAACACUUCUGAGAAAUGAUAACCUAAUAGCAAUGAAUACAGGGUGUGUAUAAAUUAGGUUAAUGAAAACCGCAGCUCUGCAGGUCUCUAGCUCUCUUUAAGAACGUGCAAAGAAACCAGAAAUAUUGCCAACUAUUUGGCCCUGUAGCCCAUUUGGUUGGUUGAUUUGAGACUUCCCGAGGCAGUGUUUGAAGGACACCAGAGUAGGGGAUUUGACAGUGAAUGCAGCUGGGGAGCAAUGAGGUAAAAUAGAGUCAGCUGAUCCAAUGAAUUUAGAGGUUUACAGAUGUCUUUCAUUGAACUAAUUGCCUGACCCAUUUACUGUGCUGGUUUGUUUGUGAUGUUUAUCAGCUAGGUUAAGUAUAAUCUAGGGACCGGGCAGGACUGUGACUCUUUGUUUCUACACUUGGCCUCCACCAAUGACAUCGACUUUUUUCAGCAUUUGACUUUGUAUCACCCAGGACCAGAAAAAAUUCUGUCAGCAACAUUUCAGUAAAUAGCCUAAUAUCAUUUUCCUGGGAGGUAUUAUUCUUCAGUGCUCUUUUGUGUGUGAGUGUAUGUGUGUGUAUAUGUUAAAGUAUAUAUAUGUUACAGUGUUGCUUUUUGAUAUGUGGACCUGAAUACAGGACUUAAUGACCUGUAUGUGACAUGCCAGACACUCCUGUCAAUGCUAGUUUGUCACUAAUGAAGGCUAUUUAUUGUUACCAAAUGCACUGGACAUGAAUGCUCAAGGUGUAGGCUGUGUGACAUGAUGCUGGGGGUUAUUAAAAUAGAAUGCACUUUGACAAACAGGUAUUUUACUUUGUUACACAGCUCUGUUAGUAACCCUCUGCGCAUUUUAUGCAGUUACAGGCACAGGUAUAGACACUCCUUCUGAUGUUUAACUGUAAUUGUUUGACCAAAUCAGACACCUAGUAAGUAGCAGUCUGAGAAUUCUAUUAACUCUCUAAUCUAAGACACAGGGUAUGAAGAAAAUGUCUGUAGAAGUUUCUAGAUUUUUAGCACAUAUAAAUACUUAUGUCUGCUAUUGUAAUCAUUAGACUGGUCAAGUACUAUGAUUAAAGAAGGGAUAUAUUUAAAAUCUAAUGUUAACAUUCUAUAUAUUAAUGUUUGUUGGUAGAUGGAAUUGUGUUACAAAACCACAUAGCAACAAGAUAUUACAGUACAUGCAUGAAGGAUGAAUGUGCAUUUCAAAUGUCAAAUGGGAUGAACAGAUCAUCCUGUCAAGAUCACAAUGUAUUCAGUCUUAGUUUGCAACUUUAAUUAUAGGUACUUUAUAACUUGGAUAGUGGGAAAUUGUAUUUGUACUGUAUAUAUAUAAGGGUGAAAAUGGGAUAUUUAUUUUUUAUUAUUUUUAAGGGAAUUUUUCACUCAGUUUUAAGAUAUAUUUUCUAUGAGAAAAUGAGUACAUUAUUUAUUAAAUACUUAAUAAAAUUAUUGUAUAGCUAAGACAUCAUUGAAAAGAAAGAUAUAUAAAUAUAAAGAGAAAUUCAGUAUACCUCUAAGGCAUCCAUGAAAAACCUUUAACUUCAGAAGAUUAGUUUUUAUCAAAUGCUUGAAUUGAAUGUGAUGUUAGGCUGCAGGAACUGAGAAAUUCUGAAUUCUUAGGAAGGCAAUUCUGUCAUUAACCCAAAGCAGUAUCUCUGUCAUGUUUGCUUCGGAAGUCUUUUGGCUUUGAUAAUGAAACAAACCGUGUGAGGUAGCAUCCUUAACUGGUUAAGCCAGAUAUAACCAAGUCGACCUACCAGUUUCAAUUAUAAAGGUAAUUCACUUUCUUAUGAAGCACCUGUUCUGAAAUGUACUGUAAGAACAAAUGGGCUUUGCUGAUGUUACCAUGAUGAGUCGUUCUGUCCUGCUUCUGCAAAUCUGUUGUUCUGCUAUUGAAAUGGACGUCAUCAUCCAGCUAUUUUCUAGUGAUAAAUAAUCUUUGUACUUGGUUUCUUGUACUUGUUUUGUUCAAGUUGCUGUGAAACACAAGGAUAAACGAUCUAGCUAGCAGCUACAUUUUCCAUUGUGCAGAGAAAGCUAUAAUGGGACAUAGAUUAUUUUUCUUGGGUCAUAAAUGAGCUUUGCAUCUCUUUCUUUGUCCUUAUGUGAUUUAAGCUUUAAGAGCAUUAAGAGAAUGGAUGGAUCUGGAUUUAGGGGAAAGGCCACAUUUAAGUAUAGUUCAUUUGUAUUUCUCAAAGAGAAUUUAGAUCCUGUUUUUGGACUCUUCCACUGUACAUAAACUGUGCAAAAUUCAACAACUGCUACAGAGCUAGGUCUUUUCCAGUUUCUCACAGAGUAACUUUGUUCAUAUUAAGUCAAACUUUUAACCAACCUUAGACUGCAAUUGACAAAACUAGUACUUAAUGGUUAAGGCUUUAUUGGCCAGAAAUGUAUUUCUUCUAUUAGAUGGAAACUACCUUGAAGUACAAAGUCUGCAAUUUGAGACUGGCAGUAGAGCCUUAAGUUCCAGACCUUAAGAUGUAGCAAGAUACAGUUUGGGUAUAAAAAAGAGAAAUCAAACUUUUUUAAACUUUAAAAUGAGUUAAUGUGCAUUUUGUAGUUUCUUUUUAGAGUGGGGAAAUUAGAAUCUGUAUGUAGGUAGAAAAGUGGAGCAAAUUCUGCACUGAAACAAUACAUUUGACGGUUGUCCUGGUGGUUUCUUCAAGCUUUUCCAAAGAACAGAUUCACCCAUCUGCUCCUUCUUUCUACAGAGUCAACAGGAUCUGUUGGCUCUUGAACAGAAGGCAUUUUCAAAUAAUGUAUUUAUGGUGUUACUUAAAAACUUUUUCCAAAGCUGCUCUGUAUCAAAAUGAAAAUGAAAAAUCAACAUUAAAUGAUGGUUUGUUACUUAAUGAAAUUCUUUUUUCCUUUUCUUUUAAAAAUGAUUGAAUACUGAUAGAUGAUCAAGAAAGGUCAUGUUGACAGAGGCCCAUUCCACCGGUCAUUCAUUACUCUUAAGUGAAUCAAUCACAGCACCUUCUAGAAUUGAAGACUCCCAGUAGCUCUGAGAAAAGUAUUUAUUAUACUGCUGUUAGAAGCUAGACAGCCUGAACUGAUGUUUUUUUCUUCCAAG